CCGAGCUGAGGUCCGAAAUUAUGCGGUUCAGUGUCCAUUGCUUGCUCUCUCUCUCGCUCGCUCGCUCACUCUUCCAGUGGAAUGAAGCAGCAGCUCAAGUUCAUGCAUAUAAUAAAGGGUUUCUGACCAACUGAUCUCUUCUUUCUCUUCUAGUCUAGUAGUAAUAGUAAAACGACCGACGAUGACAAUGGAAGUAGCCGAGAGUGAUACUGAUAAAAGGCAGCUGCACUCAAAGCGGAAGAGGGGCGACGACGGCGACAUCGAUCUCUCUCUCCUGGAAGCCGUAGAGAGAUCCCACAACACCGUGGAAGUGCUCGACCUCAAGACCCUUAAGAAGCUGGUCUUCUCCUUCGAGCGGCGCCUCAAGGAGAACAUCGAGGCUCGCCUCAAGUAUCCUGACCAGCCCGACCGUUUUGCGGACUCCGAGGUUGAGCUCCACGAGGAGAUUCAGAAGCUCAAAGUCUUAUCCGGAUCCCCCGAGCUCUACCCUGACCUGGUCUCUCUCAACGCCGUCCCCUCCAUCCUCGGCCUCCUCAGCCACGACAACACUGACAUCGCUAUCGACGUGGUCCAGCUCCUGCAGGACCUUACCGACGAGGAUGCGUUGGAGGACAAUGACGAGCCUGCGAGGGCCCUCGUCGAUGCCUUGGUUGAAAACAGUGUUCUUGAACUCCUCGUCCAGAACUUGCAGCGGCUGUCGGAGUCGGACUCGGACGAGAUGGCCGCAGUUUACAAUACCCUGGCGACCAUAGAGAAUCUGAUAGAGGUGAAGCCGACGGUCUCAGAGUUGGUCUGCGAGAGGACGAAGCUGUUGCGUUGGUUGCUCGCAAAGAUUAGGGCAAAGGAGUUCGACAGCAACAAGCAGUACGCCUCGGAGAUCCUUGCGAUUCUGUUGCAGAAUAGCACGGCCAAUCAGAAGAAGCUAGGGCAAAUGAACGGCGUGGACGUGGUGCUGCAGGCCGUGGCCCUGUACAAAUCCAAGGACCCCAAGACAUCAGAUGAGGAGGAGAUGUUGGAGAAUCUGUUCGACUGCCUGUGCUGCUUGCUGAUGCCUUUGGAGAACAAGGAGAGGUUUGUCAAAGCUGAAGGGGUGGAGUUGAUGAUUAUCAUUAUGAAGCAGAAGAAAUCUGCCUACGGUUCUGCUGUUAGGGCUCUUGAUUUCGCCAUGACCAAGUACCCACCAGCAUGCGAGAGGUUCGUGGAUGUGCUGGGACUGAAGACUGCGUUUGCUGCUUUCAUGGGUAAGAUUCCAUUGAACAAGAGGAACAAGAGAGAAAGGUAUCAAGAGGAAUUAGAGGAGCGCAUUGUCUCAUUGGUUGCAUCAUUAUUUGAUGGAAUUUCAAGAGGUUCUAGAAGGGAAAGACUAUUGAGCAAGUUUGUAGAAAAUGAAUGUGAAAAGAUAGACCGGCUGAUGGAACUUUAUGUAAGAUACUCGGAUAGAGUUAAGGCAGAGACUGAAAGGUUAAACCAGCUUAAAUUUGAAGAGUUGGAGAUGGAUGAGGAUGAAAUCUACAGCCGUAGACUUGAGUCUGGGCUAUACACUCUCCAGUUGAUUGCUAUUAUUCUUGGCCACCUCUGGUGCUCGGAGCACCCAGGGAUGAGAGCCAGAAUUGAGAACCUACUCAAGCUGCAGAAACUUACCAAGAAAGAUGUCAUAGACAUCCUUCAGGAGUAUCAUGACAACAUUGGUGAUUUGGAUGGUCCAGAUGAGAAAGAACGAGCACAGGGAAGGAUUCAGAAGUUCAUCUCAGCUCUCUGACUGUUGAUGUAUGGUUUCUUGAUGGCCCGUGAUCUAUAUAAUUGGUGGUUGGUCGAUGGUUAAGUACAUUUUCUUUGGUUGGAGCUAUCAAUUUGGGCUGUCUUACGGGACAAGUCUCUCAAGGUUGUUUGGAGAUUGAGCAUUGAUGUUUGCAGCAUGCUAGAAUUGUAUGUUUCUUGUAUUGGGCCUUUGAGUCUGUUGCGGUGAUACUUGGAGAUAGGAUAGGGUGAGAAUUAUAAAAAUAAAGUUCUGAUCUGAAUUCUCACGCCUCCAUGUUAUAAAAAAUAUAAGAGGGGGUUCUCUUUUGAUGUCA